AUGACUACAAGUGACAAGCGUAAAGUGUACAAAUGUGAUCAUGUUAAAUCCAAUGAAAAAGAUCCUCUUCGUCAAAAUGAUUGUGUUAUAAUAGAAAAAGAUGAACCAAGUUUUAAAGAGAAAGUCUAUGAUGUCUUUGCAAAUAUCACUGUGGAACCAUGUGUAUUUUUAUUGUACAAUGAACAGGGAUAUCGUCACUUAAUCCGCACUUUCUUCAAGAUUUCAAAUGUGAGGGAUACAGUGAGUGUAGUUUUGAAAGACGCUCCAAAUAAUAGACGAUUACGACUGUGUAUUCUCUUAAUUGCAGCCAGUGUAUUAAUUGGACCAAUGUAUGGUAAACUAAGUUCCUUAGUUGGACUGGUUGAGAAUCUGGUGCCUUUAAUAUAUAUACCGCUGUAUCUGGGAGUGUAUUCAGCUACAAUGGAAGUUUUACCUGGAGCAGUGUACUUGUUAGGAUCUAUUCUGAUGCUUCCUGCUGUUGUAGUGCUCUUCUGUCUAUUCUACGAGCACAGGAAGAAAUUAAGAAAAUUAAAAUCUAGUCAAAUAAAUUACACAGAGGCAGGAUUAGAAUGA